AUGGUUAAGCCGCUGUGUGUGGUGCCGUUUGUGCAUAUUCCACAGCAUCUCAAAUUCCUGCCCAAUGCGCCGUCGCAGCUGAUGGUGGCCAGUCAGUCGGGGCAAUUCCAGGUGUUGGAUGUAUCGAAUGUUUCUCAGAGAGAUGCGUAUGGCUAUCAUAUUGACACACGCGGUGGCUUUGUCACAGCUUUGGACGUCAGUUCCUCAGGUGAGCGCCACAUGUGGUUUGUGUUCUAUAAAUAA